GCAGCAGACCUAUAUAUAAAAGUCACACCUUAAGGGACUGCAGAGCAAUUCUCCAGUUCUCUCAAGUUGACUCCACUUUAACAUAGCAUCAGCUGCUAGUUCAUCUAAAGGAGGAUCUUGUCUGAAUUCAUCAUAUGUGAAGAUGAUGUCUGCAAAAGCCAUGGCUAAAGUCAUGAUUGUCAUGCUUGCGAUUUGUUUUCUUACAAAAGCAGAUGGGAAACCUAUUAAGAAGAGAUCUGUGAGUGAGAUACAGCUUAUGCACAACAUGAGCAAACAUCUGGCCACCAAGGCGAGGCUGGAAUGGCUGCUCAAGAAGCUACAAGAGGCACACAAUUUUAUUAGCCUUGGAAGCUCACUCACUAACAAAGAAGGUGGUUCUCAGAGGUCCUUCAAGAAGGAAGACAAUGUCCUUGUUGACAACUAUCAAAAAAGUCUUGGAGAAGCAGACAAAGCUGAUGUGGAUGUAUUAAUUAAAGCUAAAUCCCAGUGAAUAAAGAUGUGAUCAGGGUACUGCUUAGAUAGUGUAGGGCAACAAUGCUACAUGCUGCUUACUUUUCUAAGCUCUAAGACCAUCAAGUGCCAAUAUUUCUAAUCUUACCAAACUUUGCAUGUAAUUCAUUGCUAGACAUAAUGGCUGCAAUUUUAAUUGAUUGUUUUAUUCUACUUUUAUUCAUUUAAGAAAUCAUUAAUCUACUUUUAUUGUUUAUUCUUUUUAAAGUAUGUUAUUGCAAACUUAUAAAAGAAUAAAUUAUACUUUUUCACCUCUCUCAUAAUGCAAAAUAAAAAUUUAAUGAUUAUCAAUCUAA